CAGAGCUCACAGCUGGCUCUUCCUACUGUUUCUCCAUUCUUCACAGGAAGAAUUCAAAAGCAAACAUGCUUGGAACUAACUUCACCAUCAUCCAUCCAACUGUGUUCAUCCUACUUGGAAUCCCAGGGCUGGAGCAGUACUACACCUGGCUUUCUAUCCCUUUUUGUCUCAUGUACAUUGCUGCAGUCUUGGGAAAUGGAGCCCUCAUCCUUGUUGUCCUGAGUGAGCGCACCCUCCAUGAGCCCAUGUAUGUCUUUCUAUCCAUGCUGGCUGGCACUGACAUUCUCCUGUCAACCACCACUGUGCCUAAGGCCUUGGCUAUCUUUUGGUUCCAUGCUGGGGAGAUCCCCUUUGAUGCUUGCAUUGCUCAGAUGUUUUUCAUCCAUGUUGCUUUUGUGGCUGAGUCGGGAAUCCUUCUGGCCAUGGCAUUUGACAGAUAUGUGGCUAUUUGUACUCCUCUGAGAUACUCAGCUGUAUUAACACCUAUGGCAAUUGGAAAAAUGACCCUGGCCAUCUGGGGACGGAGCAUUGGGACCAUUUUCCCUAUCAUAUUCCUGCUGAAGAGGCUGUCAUACUGCAGGACCAAUGUCAUCCCACAUUCAUACUGUGAGCAUAUUGGUGUAGCCAGAUUGGCCUGUGCUGACAUCACUGUCAAUAUCUGGUAUGGUUUCUCAGUGCCAAUGGCUUCAGUUUUGGUAGAUGUUGUACUCAUUGGUAUUUCUUAUACUUUGAUCCUCCAGGCUGUAUUUAGACUUCCUUCCCAGGAUGCCAGGCACAAGGCCCUCAACACCUGUGGUUCUCACAUUGGGGUCAUUCUCCUCUUCUUCAUACCAUCAUUUUUUACUUUCCUUACUCAUCGAUUUGGCAAGAACAUCCCCCAUCAUGUGCACAUUCUUCUGGCAAAUCUCUAUGUGUUAGUUCCUCCCAUGCUUAACCCAAUCAUCUAUGGUGCUAAGACCAAGCAGAUUAGAGACAGCAUGACUCACAUGUUGUCUGUUGUGUGGAAGUCUUGAGAGUGGUCACAGUUCACAAA